AUGGGAGGGGCUCCUCGAGGCGACGGCCCGUUAGGAGAAAUCAGCCGCGAAAACGACGCCGGAGCAUCUUUUGUCCUGCAAUCGAAGGGAGAGUGGUGGCAUGCCGGAUUCCACCUGACGACGGCGAUUGUGGGGCCCACGAUACUCACGCUGCCGUACGCCUUCCGGGGGCUGGGCUGGGUGCUGGGAUUCGUCUGCCUGACGGGAAUGGGCGCGGUGACUUUCUACUCGUACUAUCUCAUGUCGUUGGUGCUGGACCACUGUGAGAAGGGUGGUCGCCGCCACAUACGAUUCCGGGAGCUCGCCGCCGAUGUCCUGGGAUCUGGGUGGAUGUUUUAUCUGGUGAUAUUUGUUCAGACAGCAAUAAACACUGGCAUCAGCAUAGGAGCUAUUUUGCUUGCAGGGCAAUGUCUCCAGAUCAUGUACUCGGAAAUUUAUCCAGAAGGGCCCUUGAAACUGUACCACUUCAUAAUGAUGGUAACAGUAGUUAUGAUGCUUCUAUCUCAGUUCCCAACCUUUCAUUCCCUAAGGCAUAUAAACUUUGGAUCGCUUUUUUUGAGCUUGGGCUACACUUUUCUCGUGGUGGGUGCUUGUAUCAAUGCAGGUACCUCAAGAAAUGCGCCUUCAAGGGACUACUCUUUAGAAGCAUCAGACUCAUCGAGGCUUUUUAGCGCAUUCAAUUCCAUAUCUAUUUUAGCUGCCAUUUUCGGCAAUGGUAUCUUGCCGGAAAUACAGGCAACGCUGGCCCCUCCGGCCACAGGGAAAAUGGUGAAAGGCCUAAUUAUGUGCUACGGUGUAAUUUUCGUUACCUUCUAUUCUUCUGCAGUGUCCGGGUAUUGGGUGUUUGGGAAUAAAUCUAAUUCCAACAUUCUCAAAAGCUUGAUGCCAGACGAGGGACCUUCCUUGGCUCCUGUAUGGGUUUUGGGUCUCGCCAUCAUUUUCGUUCUCCUUCAACUUUUCGCCAUUGGCUUGGUGUAUUCUCAAGUAGCUUACGAGAUCAUAGAAAAGAAAUCAGCCGAUGUGAAUCAGGGCAUUUUUUCCAAACGAAACUUGAUCCCGAGAAUUAUUUUCCGCUCUCUCUACGUAAUAUUCUGUGGGUUCGUUGCUGCCAUGCUCCCCUUUUUUGGAGACAUUAACGCUGUUGUGGGUGCCUUCGGUUUCAUUCCUCUCGAUUUUGUGCUGCCGAUGCUUCUGUACAACAUGACCUAUAAACCGACUAAAAUGUCCUUAGCUUACUGGGUUAACAACACAAUUAUAGUCGUUUUCUCGUUCGUCGGACUCAUGGGGGCAUUUUCGUCCACGCGAAAGUUGGUUCUUGAUGCGAAGGAGUUCAAACUAUUUAGCAGCAACGUUGUUGAAUGA